AUGAACAGCUUCAACCCCCGCCGGGUGUCCUACCUCAGGCCACCCACAACGGUCUUUGAGACGCGCGAGUCCUGGGCUUCGCCGUACCCUUCCCUCAGCUCCAUCGGAUAUCCGCCGUCGGCGAGGACGGCUGACGGGAAAAUGGCAUCGGUCAUCUGGCACCGCACCUUCAACCACGUCGACUACGCCGAGUACAAGGCGGCCUGCGACGCCGAGAGGGCGGCCAAGCCCGAACGCGACCCGGACAUCUUCUCGGUGGAGGCCAACCCGACCAGGCGCGGCUUCUCCAGGCUCGGGGCCAUGUUCACCAUCUACCCGUACCGCGACAUGGGGUGGCUCGUCACCAUGGUCUUCAUCAUGGCGGCCGUGAGCUUCACCCUGAACGGCAUCUUCAGCCUCGUCCACUCGGUCAGCCCACGGCAGGCCGACUUCCCCGGCAGCGAACUGGCCUCGCAGGUCACCUUCGUCCUCGGCAGCUCGCUGCUGACGCUCAGCUCCUGGAUGGGCCUGCUCGCCGCCUUCAACGUCGACCGCGCCGAGCUGGACCCCAAGAAGGACGCGCCCGACGCGUACAAGCCGGCGCUCCUCGGCAGCGACGAGUUCGUCUGGUGGGCCAACUGGUACGAGUGGAAGAGCGUCUUCUGGCCCAGCACCGCCUUCCGCGCCGGCGUCCUCCAGCUGCUGGCCGGGUCCUUCUUCACCAUCGCCGCCGUCGGCGCCCUGCCCGGCGUGCUCGACCUCACCCACCCGCACGCCUACAUCAUCUUCAUCUCCUCGCCCCAGCUCAUCGGCGGCAGCUUCUUCGUCCUCGCCGGCCUGCUGCAGAUCUACCUGUCCCAGAACAACUGGUACCUCCCCCUCAUCCUCGACGCGAGCUGGCAGAACGGCUUCUGGAACCUGGUCGGCGCCAGCGGCUUUCUGGCCGUGGGCGUCGUCACCCUCCUCUCAAAGGACGCGGCCGUCACGAUCGCCUCGCUCUCGUUGAUGACCGGGAUCGGUUUCUUGGUGGCGAGCCUCAUCCAGUGGUACAUCCUCAUGGAGUUCUACCCCGUCGACCCGUACUGGGUCGACCCGUUCACGGCGGCAGAGAUUCCUCCGCAGUCGAUUUAUUAA